GAUGCUGCAGACCCUGUAUGAUUACUUCUGGUGGGAACGGCUGUGGCUGCCUGUGAACCUAACCUGGGCUGAUCUAGAAGACCGAGAUGGACGAAUCUAUGCCAAAGCCUCAGACCUCUACAUCACACUGCCCCUGGCCCUGCUCUUCCUCAUCAUCCGAUACUUCUUUGAGCUUUACGUGGCCACACCAUUGGCAGCCCUCCUGAAUGUAAAGGAGAAAGCUCGGCUGCGAGCGCCUCCCAACGCCACCUUAGAACAUUUCUAUGUGACCAGCGGCAAGCAGCCCAAGCAGGUGGAAGUUGAGCUCUUGUCUCGGCAGAGCGGGCUCUCUGGCCGCCAGGUAGAGCGCUGGUUCCGCCGCCGCCGCAACCAGGACCGGCCAAGUCUCCUCAAGAAGUUUCGGGAAGCCAGCUGGAGAUUCACAUUUUACCUGAUCGCCUUUGUUGCUGGCAUGGCUGUCAUUGUGGAUAAACCCUGGUUCUAUGACAUGAAGAAAGUCUGGGAGGGAUACCCCAUCCAGAGCACCAUCCCUUCCCAGUACUGGUACUACAUGAUUGAACUCUCCUUCUACAUGUCCCUGCUCUUCAGCAUUGCUUCUGACGUCAAGCGAAAGGACUUCAAGGAACAGAUCAUCCACCACGUGGCCACCAUCAUCCUCAUCAGCUUCUCCUGGUUUGCCAACUACAUCCGCGCAGGGACACUCAUCAUGGCUCUGCACGACUCUUCAGAUUACUUGCUAGAGUCGGCCAAGAUGUUUAACUACGCGGGCUGGAAGAACACCUGCAACAACAUCUUCAUCAUCUUUGCCAUCGUUUUCAUCAUCACACGACUGGUCAUCCUGCCCUUCUGGAUGAUACACUGCACACUGGUGUACCCACUGGAACUCUACCCUGCAUUCUUCGGCUACUACUUCUUCAAUGCCAUGAUGGGGGUGCUCCAGAUACUGCAUAUCUUCUGGGCUUACCUCAUUUUGCGCAUGGCCCACAAGUUCAUAACUGGAAAGGUGGUAGAAGAUGAACGAAGCGACCGGGAGGAAACAGAGAGCUCCGAGGGGGAGGAGGCUGCCACUGGGGGAGGAGCAAAGAGCCGGCCCCUGGCCAACGGCCACCCGGUCCUCAAUAACCACCACCGUAAGAAUGACUGAGCAUUGUCCCGCUGCCUCCCAGAUGAAUGCAUAAAGCCAAGGAACUAGCCAACCUUACCUAUAGGCUCACUUUAAGCUCUGGGGAAAAGGAGAAGGGUAGAAGAGACUUCCGCAUUCCCUUUUUUCUUUGUCACCCAGUUGCCUUUAAACCAAAUUCUAACCAGCCUAUCCCUGGGUGGAGAGGAGGUGGGUUGUAUCUUUUGCUAGAGGGAGGGUAGUCUGAGUUUCUUUUCUGCCCUCCAGAUUAUCCUUUCUAUUGCUUUUAACCCCUUCCUCACCUCUGGGGUAGAGUUACAACUCACAUUCCUUACUCUUGAGGAUUUGGCCCUAGCUGUUUGCCUUCUGACUCCUUGGCCUUCAGAUGUGCCAGGGUUGUGCCUUAUUGUCUGAUCUGUGGGCCUAAUUCUGCCAAAGUUGGACCAAGGCUCACCUUUCUAAGCUAACUUGGGCCAGAAACCAAAGCUGAGUUACUUUGAACUUUUUUCCUCCUAAGACACAGUGAACUGAGUGAGCGUAGGAGGGCGCACAUGACCCUUACCCUACCUCUGCCAAAAAGUGGGGACUAAAUGGGGACUCUCAGAUGGCCUUCUUGUUAUUUCCCUGCCAGCUGUCCCUGUGGCCACAUGUCCAAGAUCUUACUGCUCCCUGCUCUGGUCUUUCCCCUCCCUUCAGCUAGUCUAGCUGGUCUGGGGUAGAAUGGCAACUAGUUCUAAUUUUUAUUUAUUAAACAUUCGGGGUUUCAAUUUUAAAGCCAGAAUUACAGCUGGCACCUGGCAUUUCAGCAGAGGGACCAUUUCAGAUGAAAAUGUACUGUUAAAAGUUUUUUUUUUUUAAUGAAAAUAUAUUAAAGAUUAAAUAAAACAUGUCAACAGGUGUCA